CUGAGCUAUAUAAGGUGAUAGCAAACGCCGUAACACCGUAGAACGCGACUUGAACUAACCAGUGAACAUGAGGCUCCUCAUCGUCUUCUCCAGCCUUGCGGUGGCAGUACUCGCCAAACCCGGUUACCACCACGCACCGGAUGUACAUUCCUUCCAACCCUACCACGGACCCCUAGCUCCCCUGGCCCAUGACGGUCGUGUGGUCGACACCCCCGAAGUGGCGCAUGCAAAGGCCGCGCACUUCCACGCCUACAAUGAGGAGCUCUCGAAGACGGCCUACCACAGCCCGGCUCUCCCAGAACAUCCCGAGAUCUCCCACCAUCAACCGGCACCUCACGGCCUUGCCUACAGCCACCCCGAGCCAGAACAUCACGCCUACCAUGGACCACCGGCACCCCUCGCUCACGAUGGUCGCGUCGUCGAUACUGCCGAAGUCGCUCACGCCAAGGCUGCCCACUUCCACGCCUACGCCGAAGAACUCUCCAAGGUCAGCCAUCUUCCCCAUCAAGGCGCCGAACCCACAUACCAUCAUUACUAAGCGAUCAGCUGGCUUUAACUAAGGAACUUAUUUAUCGUACACCCAAGCAUAUACAUACAUAAUCACACCAAUAAUUUUACCCGCACAAAAGGUAUU